AGUUCGUUUGCAAAAGAUGCCACAUCAGCGGCAGCGGAAGCAGGGUACUACGACUACAUAGUUAUCGGAGGUGGGACCGCCGGCUGUGCACUGGCGGCGACGCUUUCCGCCGCCGCAAAGGUACUACUCCUCGAGAGAGGCGGCCUGCCGUACGACAACCCAAACGUGCAACACAUAAGUGGGUUCGGGCCCACACUGCUCGACACCUCAUCAUCCUCCGCCUCGCAAUACUUCAUCUCCACCGACGGCGUGUACCUCCACCGUGGGCGCGUUCUCGGCGGGGGCUCGGCCAUCAACGAGGGGUUCUUCACGCGAGCCAGCAGCGAUGAGGUGGCAGAGGCGGGGUGGGACCCGCAGCUGGUGAACGAGUCCUACGGGUGGGCGGAGUAGAGGAAAGUGACUUUCCGGCCGCGGGUGAUGGGGUGGCAGGCGGCGGUGAGAGAAGGGCUGCUGGAGGCGGGGGUGGGGCCGGACAGAGGGUGGACGAAUGAGCAUUUGGAAGGCACCAAAACGGGGAGCUCCAUCUUUGACGAGAAUGGGAUACGGCAUUCCGCCGCCGAUUUGCUGGAGUACGCCGACGAAUCCCAAAUUACUGUCUAUUUGCAUGCCGUCGUUCACCAAAUCUUGUUUAGGACGUCUUUCCCAGGGCAAAUACCAGUGGCAUAUGGAGUUGCAUUCAGAGACUCCAAAGGCAAUGAACACACAUCAUUCUUGAACGGUGGGCUCAAGAAUGAGAUCAUUCUCUCGGCAGGAGCAUUGGGCAGCCCACAACUCUUGAUGUUGAGUGGUAUUGGGCCGUCUGAUCAACUCAAAGCUCAAGGGAUAAACGUAAUACUGGACCAACCAAUGGUGGGCCAGGGCAUGUCCGACAACCCAAUGAAUGGAGUUUUAAUACCUACCGCUACCCCGGUGGAGACAGCACUUGUCCAAGUCGUUGGCAUAACUGAAUUCGGAAGCUAUAUUGAAACGGGGAGUGGAUUGUAUGUGGCCCCAAACGCGGCCUUAGCAAAUUCCCUAAGAGGCUCAUUCGGUGAUGGCCUGUUCAAAGACAUGAAGUUCGAGGCCGGUAUCAUAUUGGAAAAGGUGAAGGGCCCUUUCUCUAAAGGGCACUUAGAGCUGAAAAGUAGGGACCCAAAUGAGAAUCCCAUAGUCACAUUUAACUACUUCAAAGACCCAAGGGACCUUGAGAGAUGUGUGAAAGGCAUGGAAGUGAUCAAGACUUUGGUAGAGUCGGGGGCCUUAUCGUCAUUUCAAUACCCUUUCACCUCAUUUGAAUCUCUGAUGGACUUUGUAGCCACAACUCCUUUUAACAUGAGGCCAAGACUGUUCAUGACCUCUCCAGCUCAUCACUCCAUGGAGCAGUAUUGUAUAGACACAGUGAUGACUUUAUGGCAUUACCAUGGGGGGUGUGAAGUCAAUAAGGUUGUUGACCAAGAUUAUAAAGUCAUGGGCGUCGAUGCUUUACGUGUUAUUGAUGGUUCCACUCUUUCUGCCUCCCCUGGGACUAACCCUCAAGCCACCCUCAUGAUGCUUGGAAGGUAUAUGGGACAGAAAAUUCUGCAACAGAGAACUUCUCGAUGAGCUCAAUAGCUUCAAUUUCAUAUUUCCAUAUGCAAAGUCAGCGAUGCGGAAUAGUUACGCCACUUAUAAUUAAGUUUAUGAAAAACUAUUAUGUACUUUCUAGCUAUUCAUAUUUGUAUACACAUCUACAAAAUCCAGAAUGAUGAAACUGUUUCUAAAUAAUACAUUCAUGUUGUUUAUUUUGUUUUAUUUGGUGGAGA